UACAUUUACUCCGCCCCUUUUUUAACAGUCUGGCGUAAAGAGCUUUGCGUCGUGGUGUAAAUUGUCCCUUGCCGCAUCCUGUAGACGCGGGAGGAGGAUUGGUGCUUUCCGGCUGGAGCGGAGCGUGAUAUUCCCCGAAGAAAUCAGGAUGAGUUUGCGGAAACAAACCCCAAGUGACUUUUUGAAGCAAAUUAUUGGCCGACCAGUAGUUGUAAAGCUGAAUUCUGGAGUUGACUAUCGAGGAGUCUUGGCAUGUUUAGACGGGUACAUGAACAUUGCUUUGGAACAGACAGAAGAGUACGUCAAUGGACAGCUGAAGAAUAAAUAUGGAGAUGCCUUUAUCAGAGGAAAUAAUGUCUUGUAUAUAAGUACACAGAAGAGAAGAAUGUGAAGUCAUGUUUAUUUACUUUUGUAUGGAGAGACCAUUUAUCUUAUUUUGGAAGAUAAACAUUCAAGUGUUUUUGUCUGAGGUGAUAAAAUGUGGAAGAAACAAUUUUCUUUUUUUAAUAUAAACAGUUUUGCUUGUGAACAUUUUUUUUGUUUAACUAUGUUCAUUACACUGUAAAAUAAACGUGAGAGAAAUGUG